CGGUACGACAAGACUUCGCAGACCCGGGUCAGACUCCCACAAACUGCAGACAACAUACCUAGGGUUUUCCUUGGAAAGACAGAAAGAUUUCGCCCGGCGUGGUACGAGAGCGUUCCGAUGCAGCAGACAAACACCGUCGUCGAAACGGAGACACAACUCCCUCUGGGAUGGCGCGAGAGGUUGAGUCCGUCCAAGCUAAAGACAAUACCAGGCCGUUAUAACCUACCCCGAAUGUUUAGCCACUCGUCUAAGCAACAAAUGCGAGAAUCCGGCCCCAACCCGACAAGGAGUAUCUCCGCUUUGCAAACCUCUUUUAAGAUCACAGAUACCUUUGAGCUACUGAGGACAAGAAGAUGGAGCGUAUUCGACGUGCAAUAUCUUGGAUUGGCUGGUUUCACCAUUUUCUCGCUAUGGAUUAUUGAUCCGUCGGCGCCUAUUAUUAAGACCCUCGCCGCCACGGGGUACCUGUCGCUUUUGUUCAUGCCCAUAACAAGACAAUUCUUUCUUCCGUCAUGGCCUAUAUGGACUUAUCUCCUCUACUUUUUUUCUAGUCGCUUUAUUCCGUACGACAUUCGUCCGGAUAUCCUCGUGAAAGUACUUCCUGCUUUAGAAGAUAUUCUAUAUGGCGUCAGCUUUUCGAACGUCCUUUCCGCAUGGACGCAUCCUGUCCUUGACCUAUUCGCUUGGAUUCCAUAUGGAUUGGGCCACUUCGGACUUCCCGCUAUUUGCUCCGUAAUCAUGUUUAUCUUUGCUGCUCCGGGCACCCUCCCGAUGUUCGCUAAAAGCUUCGGAUGGAUGAGCGUUUUGGGUGUAUCGAUACAGCUCUUUUUCCCAUGCACACCACCCUGGUACGAAAGGCUGCACGGUCUCGAGCCCGCAAAAUACGGGAUGCAGGGUUCCCCGGCCGGAUUAGCGCGGAUCGACGCACUCUUCGGCAUCGACAUGUACACCACCAGCUUUACAACGGCGCCCGUACCUUUCGGAGCUUUCCCAAGUCUUCACGCCGCCGACGCGAUCCUCGAAGCCUUGUUCAUGACUUAUUGCUUUCCCAAGCUUAAGGGUUUAUGCUUAUUCUACGUUUGUUGGAUCUGCUGGGCGACGAUGUAUUUGAACCACCACUACGCUGUCGAUCUGCUCGGCGGUGGCAUCAUCGCUUAUUCCAUCUUCGCUGUCGUUAGGAAAUACUGGCUGCCCAUUCAGCAGCCUGGGAAGACAUACCGUUGGCAAUACGAGUACGUCGAAAUUGGUGCUACGAAGAAGAACAAGACUCUAGACGAGGAGCUUGGAUAUGGUCCCAUCGGAGCCGCUAAGCGAAGUGCUGACCUGUCGGACGAAUUUACCGUCUUGGAUAGCUUCAUGCACUCGGGGUCAUCGAGCGGGAGCUCGAGCCCAACAUCAAGCACCCGGAGCGAUAAGAGCGAUAGGAGAAGAGAUUAAUUGCAUAGAAGAGACGGCAUUGGCAUUAUGAUACCACGAUACACUUAAUACUAGAGGAUAUGACGAAAUAUAUUAAUACCGCCGAAAGGCGAGAUCAAUACCCCAUCUAUGCCUUCCGCGAACUUGACAAACGAUCUACAUCUGUGAUAUCUCUGAAGAUACCGUUUUU